UCAGUUUCCUUGCAUUAUGUUGGGCAGCGGGAAGAGAGCAGCAGCCCCCAUGAAGAAUGGAGCCGGGACCUCCGAAUCAAAGUGUAUAGACCCUUUGCUAAAUUUGGGUGUGCAGGAUGAUGAAGAUGUGAAGCUGAUGUUGCAGGGCUCCAACAUGGUGAAGGUACGGUCGCCUCGCUGGCAGAAGAGACGAACAUUGAGGCUGAUGGAGGACGGCGUCACUGUCUGGUGUCAGUCCCACAAAACCUCCAGCCGUGCCAAGGAGCAGCAGUCCUUCUCAAUAACAGAGGUGGAGUGUGUGCGGGAGGGCUGCCAGUCAGAGAUGCUGCGUCGUGUUGCCGACUCAGUGCCUGAGAGCCAAUGUCUGACGGUGGUCUUCAAGGGCCCGCGCAAGAGCCUGGACCUCCUCUGCCAGAGCAAGGAGGAGGCGCAGCGCUGGGCACGGGGCAUACGCACCGUCCAGGAGAGGGUGGAGAACAUGACCCAAAAGGAGAAACUUGAUCACUGGAUUCAUGCCUAUCUGAGACGGGCCGACCAGAACCAUGAUGGUAAGAUGAGUUAUGAAGAAGUGCAGACGCUGCUGCAAAUGAUUAACAUCAACCUAAGUGAACAGUAUGCGCGCAGCCUCUUUCAGAAGUGUGACCGGUCAGCAGACGGUCGUCUUGACCAUGGGGAAAUUGAGGUAUUCUGUAGGGAGCUGUUGCGGAGACCAGAGUUGGAUGCUGUAUUUGCACGCUACUCUGCCAAUGGGUGCGUGUUGUCCACUGUGGACCUGAAGGCCUUCCUAAAGGACCAGGGGGAGGACACCUCACUGAUCCAUGCACAAAGCCUCAUACUCACCUAUGAACUCAACGAGUGGGCCCAGAAGAACCAGUUCAUGACACCUAAUGGUUUUACCAUGUACAUGCUGUCCAAGGAGAACUGUGUGUUUGACCCUGAACACAGCAGGGUAUACCAGGACAUGAACCGCCCGCUGGCCCACUACUUCAUCUCCUCUUCACACAACACCUACCUCACCAAGGACCAGCUUACUGGGGACAGCAGCACAGAGCCUUAUAUCAGAGCUCUGAACCACGGGUGUCGCUGUGUGGAGCUGGAUUGCUGGGAUGGAGACAGAGGAGAGCCGGUCAUCUACCACGGACACACACUGACCUCCAAAGUGCCCUUUGUUGAAGUCAUCGAGGCCAUAAAUGAGUAUGCCUUCAAGGUGUCUAGCUACCCAGUGAUCUUGUCUCUUGAGAACCACUGCUCUGUGGAGCAGCAGGCGGUUAUGGCCCGACACUUGCGCUCCAUCCUGGGCAACAAGCUCCUCACCAAACCCCUCAGCAGUCUGGACCCCAACUGUCUGCCCUCCCCAGAGGCGCUGAAGGGGAAGAUCCUGGUGAAAGGGAAGAAGGAGCGUGUAGUAGAGGAGAGCUCCUCCAGCUCCUCAGAUGCCAGCUCCUCAGAUGACGAGGGCAAACUUCAGAGUGCCAGAGAGGAGAAGAAGCCCAGUGUUAUAAAGCUGAGUCCAGAGCUGUCAGAGCUGGUGGUGUACACCCGCAGUGUUCCUUUCAAAGGCUUUGAGCAAGCAGCCAAGAAGUCAGCCAUCAACAUAUCCUCCUUCUCUGAGAGUGAGGCCCUCAGAUAUGUUAAAGAAACAGGGAGGUAUUUUGUGCGCCACAAUAGCCACCAGAUGAGUAGGAUCUACCCCUCAGGCCAACGCCUCCAGUCAUCCAACUACAACCCUCAGGAGAUGUGGAACGGAGGCUGUCAGAUCGUGGCGUUGAACUUCCAGACGCCCGGUGAGCAGAUGGACCUGAAUCAUGGGAGGUUCCUGCAAAACGGACAGUGUGGUUACAUCCUUAAGCCUCCUUUUAUGUGCAUGCCCGACAUCAACUUCAACCCUGAGAAUGUCGGUGGAGGCCCGGGUCACAGGCCGGUCCUGCUCACCAUUAAGGUGAUUUCAGCUCAGCAGCUGCCAAAGCCCGAAUGGGACAAACCCAGCUCUAUUGUGGAUCCUCUGGUGUGGGUAGAGACCCAUGGUGUCCCUAUAGACAACAACAAGAAGAAGACCCACCGCAUCGACAACAAUGGCUUUAACCCACAGUGGGACUGCACCUUUAACUUCACCGUCCAUGUCCCUGACCUGGCCCUGGUGCGUUUCUUGGUCGAGGACCACGACUACACUUCCAGGAAUGACUUCUUAGGGCAGUUCACCCUGCCUUUCACAAGUCUACGCACAGGUUACCGUCAUGUCCGUCUUCGUAAGCUCGACGGCUCUAGCCUGUCUCCUGCCUCUCUCUUCAUCCACGUCAAGGUCACCCUCUGUCAGAGUAGCCCCUCCAAGACCCCUACCCCCAGCAGUUUUCCUGUCAAGUCACCAGCAAAGUCCCCUUCCAAGAGACUUUGA